CAGAACACCGGAAAAUCACAACCAACAACCAAAAAUCAUUUCUCUUAUGUUAUCCAUCACCAAUUAAAAAAUAAUAACAAAAAAGAAAAUACCCACUUCUUCUUCUUCUAUUUUCUUCCUUCCUUACUCUCUUCCACAUUCCCUCCAAACAAAAUGCCAUUAUUUACUGCAACGCCCGCUCUUGUUUCACUCCCGCCCCACCUCUCUUUCCUCUCACAGCUCUUGACCAGCUCCGAUUCUUCCUCCGUUACCCAUUGUUUCUCAGUUUCUGCUCUCUUGAUUCCUCAUUCUUCUUCUUCUUCUUCUUCUUCUUGUCUGUCAAAGAGUUAUUCAAAGAAAUCGCGUGGCCGGAGACAAUCGAGAUCGCCAGUCUGCGCUGCCAGCGACGUCUCCAAGACUGAACCUGCUCUUCUAGAAUCUCCUGCCUCGACGGAGGCCAUUAGACAAGCUCGGAGGUCUGCUGAUUGGAAGGCAGCAAGGACUUACAAUGAGGGUGGAUUCAUAUAUGAAGGCAGGAUUGAAGGGUUUAAUGGUGGAGGAUUGCUGAUUCGUUUUCGUUCUUUGGUUGGUUUUCUCCCGUUUCCACAGUUGAGCCCUUCACAUUUUUGUACAGAACCACGCAGAGGUCCCCAAGAUGUUGCAAAAAGUUUAAUUGGUUCACUUAUAUCAGUGAAGGUGAUCCAAGCAGAUGAGGAGAAAAGGAAGCUGAUAUUCUCUGAAAAGGAAGCGGAAUGGUCAAAGUUUUCUGAACAAGUUAAAGUAGGGGAUAUUUUUGAAGGGAAAGUGGGUUCUGUGGAGGACUACGGUGCAUUUGUUCAUUUACAAUUUUCUGAUGAUCUUUAUCAUCUCACUGGACUAGUACAUGUUUCGGAGGUUUCAUGGGAUCUUGUGCAGGAUGUAAGAGACAUUCUGACCGAGGGCAAUGAUAUAAGGGUCAAAGUUCUUACUGUUGAUAGGGAGAAGUCAAGGAUUACUCUGUCAAUCAAACAGUUGGAAGAAGAUCCACUUCUAGAAACUUUGGAUAAAGUAAUACCACAGGAAGACUCAGAUAGUUCUGACUCGUUGAGCAUUAGCAAUGGCAGUAACAUCGAGCCUCUUCCAGGACUUGAAACUAUAUUUGAAGAACUACUACGGGAAGAUGGUAUAGAUGACGUCAGAAUUACUCGCCAAGGAUUUGAGAAAAGAGUAGUUUCUCAGGACCUUCAGCUUUGGCUUUCCAACGCACCUACUUUGAACCAGAAGUUCACUCUUCUCGCUCGUGCGGGACGACAGGUGCAAGAAAUACAACUGACAACGUCACUCGAUCAGGAAGGUAUCAAAAAGGCAUUGCAGCGCGUAUUGGAGCGAGUACCAUGACCAGAAUCUGCUUUUUGUUCCAUUAUCCUAUGGUUGUAUUUUUUUUGUAUAGAAUUUAUAUGCGAAAUCAAACAAUGUCUUUAUAAGGUGUACAUGAGGUUGGUUGAUAAUAGGCCAA